GUUAGAAAUUUCUAGUGCUCAGGACUACAAAACCUUUACACAUCCGACCCACACCUUCUUAACUGUGUUAUGAGUUGGCAGUUAUGACGGGUAUAUAAGGACCGGUAGUUAGAGUGAGAAUAAUAACAAGAAUCUAAAAGUAUAUACAAAUUAAACUCAAAGUUUAUACAAAAACUUAAUUUAUACAAAUCAUUAAUAAUGACUGACUUCAGCGGUAAAUACAAACAGAUCUCAUCCAAUAACGCCGAUGGAUUGCUCAAGGAAUUGGGCGCCAGCGAUGAGGUGGCCAACAAAGUGAAGGCCUCCCUCCAAGACCUGGAGAUCACCCAAAAUGGCAAUGAGUUCGUCCAGAAGUCCAUAUCAGCGGCCGGUACUCAAGAGAUUAAGUUUGAAUUGGGAAAGGAGUUCGAGGAGAAGCGAAUGGACGGCCGUACUGUUAAUUCAGUAGUGGUGGCCGACGGCAACAAACUGAUUAAGACAACCAAAGAUCCCGUGAAGAACAAGGAGUUAAAGGUCGUCACCGAACUCAAUGGUACGGAGCUUAAGGUGACGGCUACAGUGGUGGGCACCUCCGUCACGGCUACCGGUGUCUACACUAAACAAUAGGAUGAAUAUUGUAGCGCUCAUAUAAUGUUAGCACCAAUUUUUGUUAUAAUUUUGUACGAAUUAUAUUUUUAUUAGUAAUUUAAUAAAUAAAUUGAAAUCUUAAAGAUAUA